GGAUGCUCAUGGGGAUAGUGGCAGUGGUUGGUCGCUUCAAUCGAGCUCUUGCCACCGGUGGAUUCUGGCAAGUCCUCGACCUCGUAGACAUCAAGAUCAUCCAAAGGCGAACAGGAUGACCAUCUCAGAUAUUAAUUGGCCGCGACUUGGCUCUCUAUCUUUGCGCAAAUCUCGACUAGCUAAGGAGAAUGGAGUCAGCAUCAUACCGAAGCCCAAACACAAAGACAUCCAGCAAUGGCUUAAGGAUCUGGAACUGGAGGAGUAUGAGGCGCUGUUUGGAAAGUAUCGAGGCGUGGAGGAGAUUUUGGAACUGACCGAAAGUGAGCUGAAGCAACUGGGAGUGAAAAAGUCGUCACAUAGAGCGACUAUCAUCAGCAGCUUGACGCAGCUUCGAGCCAAAUAUUACGAUGAUCUUACGAAAAAAGUGUCGGUUCGACACAGCGUGGCAGUGGAUACAUCCAGAAACAUCCAAAGAGAGGAUACCUUGACAGACCUGAACAUCGUGAGUGAAGCGGUGCAAAGUAAGAGCCUGAACAACCUAAUAAUGGAACCAGCGACCGACCCAAAUGUGAGCCAAACCGACCUGCGGAAGGCUCUAGAAUGGGAAUUAUCGCUGGAUGGCCGCGACUUGAGGUCACAUGCCUGGUACCACGGGGCGAUUCCUCGAGCACGAGCUGAGGAAAUCGUCCAGGAGGACGGUUGUUUCUUAAUCAGAGACUGUACUUCCCAGCCGGGAAACUACGUCCUAACUUGUCGCACCAAAGGACAUCCGCUGCAUUUCGUCAUCAACAAAGUCUUCCUGCAGCCGGACACUGUUUACGAAAGAGUGCAGUAUCAGUUUGAGGAUGAAGCUUUCGAUACGGUCCAAGAUCUGAUCACUUUUUACGUUGGCUCGGGGAAGCCCAUAACAGUGGCUUCAGAAGCGAGAAUUCAAACCCCCAUGAACCGCAUGUACCCGCUGUCCUUCUAUGCUAGCCGGUACCCCACGCCUCUCCCAUCCAGCCGGCUGGCCAGCCCCGUUUCAACCCCCAUGGGAGGGAUGCAGUUCCGACACAACCCCCUGCAUGGGUACCGGCCGAGUUGCUCUCCUACUCGACGGGAUGGGGUUCCACGGCUGCCAUCGAAGAAGCAAAGAUCGCAAUCGCUCACUCCCUCCGAAGUGAAUCGCAUGCAGCAGGAGAAGUGCAACAGCGCUGAUGGCGUGAUCCAGUCGCCGUUGAUGACGCGAUCAGUCGGCUCAGAAAGCGUCAGCUCAGGGCUGAAGUUCUCCACUCACUCGUUGCCGCGCACCUCGCACAAUACCCGGCUGUCUCUGUCGAAUAGCGCCAACACUUUGGGCCGGCAUUGCAGGAUAACCAGCGAUCCGACUCUAUCUCCCUGCGCAGAGCGUCGAUGUGCCACAGAUGGCGCAGACUCUGGGAACGAGUCUCCGCCCCCCAAGCCGUCGCGCAUUCCUGGCCUAUCGCGCGCUGAGUCAGUGGAGUCGACACCGUUGGGGUUUGCGCCACACGGGAAUUUGCAGCGCAUCACCUCCUACCAUGCCAGUGGUUCCGACUCCGGGAAUGGCUCCGGGGACUCGGCGUUGAGCUCAGCAGCGGGCGACCUGGUCGAUUUGCCCAAAGGGGUGGUGAUUAAGAACCCCCGCUACCACAUGGCUGCGUCUGAGUCCUCAACCACGCUGAAGAACUUUGAAGUCGACUAUAUGGAGAUUGAGGAGAAGUUGAGGCGACUGCCCGAUGUGCCCACGAGCCUCGAAAGCAAGUUCGACUUGGAGAACUUCCAGACGCUUCUGCUGCCGGUCCAUGAGAAUAAGCCUCUGGACGCACAAGCGCUGCGCCGAAUAAAAAUGACGCUCGCAGAGUCGGGGCCCCGCAUUCUCGCUAAUCACCUUACGACCAUCGACCUGGACCUGCUCUUUGGAGCUGGGGGGUUGGAGAGCGAGCAGCUGAAGCUGUGUGGGGGAAUCGAACUGUGCACGCUUCCACAUGGGACUCAGCUACGGGUGGAUUUAAUUGAGAGGACAGAGUGUCUCAAGCUGCUGGUAGCUGUGAGCAUACUGACCUGCUCAGAUGUGGCGGAACGGACGGAAACGCUCAACAAAUGGAUAGAAAUCGCGAUUGACACGAAAACAGCCCUGGGAAACCUGUAUGGGUUCUGUGGGAUCAUGCUGGGUCUUUGUUUGCCUCAGAUUGAACGACUGGACACAACGUGGCACAUGCUGCGCCAAAAGUACACAGACUCCGCCUUCAAUUUCGAAGCAAAACUCCGCCCAACGCUGAAAAACAUGAACAGCUGCUCAAAUCCGCAAGCGCCAAACACCACGUUGCCCCACCUGCUGCCGCUCGUCUUGCUAUUGGAGCGCGACUUGCAGGAUUUUCUCAACUCGACCAAUCAGAGCCAACUCGCGCACAGCUGCCUCAGCCUAUGGGAGUCGAAUGCGCAGGACUUCGGACUCACCACCCUAUUUAAGCACCUGCAAACCGCUCGCAAGUACAUGAACAUGCAGCACAUGUUCCAGAGAAAUGCGGAAAUUGUGUUGAAAGAGGCGCGGACGGAUGAGCUCACUCUGGACAUGUUCAAAACAGAGUUUCACUUAAAGUUCUUGUGGGGCAGCCGGGGGGCUUGCGCAAGUGCCCCUGAAAGGCAUGCAAAGUUCGAGCAAGUUCUCACUGUAAUGGCGGAAAAGUAUUGUAAUGCGACAUGCGAAGCUGAGGUUUAAAUUAGGUAGAAAUAAAGGGAAAAGGGUUCGUUUGCGGUUGAUUUCGCGUUUUCAAGCAGCACUGCCAUUAUUCCAGGAUUGAAAAUGGUGCCUUUAUCAUUUCUGCACUGUCCAGCUCUUGCAAGCCCUGUCCCGACGAAACUACAUCGGGUGUCCCAACAAUCUGGGACCACCCGGAAAUUAUACCGAUUUGUACAAAGUUGCGACAAAUAAAUGUACAUUACAACUAUAACAAGGUUCCUAAAUAGGCGAACUGAUUAGGGCCGCUAAAAGACGAGAGAAUCAAAAGUUCGAGCCACUGUUGGAGACCGAUUCCUACUAGACUAAGUUGGACCCAAUAUAUCUAGUCAUAAAUGUAUAGAGGAGCAGCUUAAAGCGUUUUAUAGGUUUUAGAGAGUAGUGAUUGAGUUGGACAUAUCAGUACUGGACUAAGGUUUCGCUGAGCUACAAGUACUGUAAAAUACGCUUUAAAUCUUGUACGAGAAAUUUAGCGUUUAGUUUUUUUAUACGGUGCUCAUUUAUUGUUGCAUAUUUUAACACCACACUGUUUCCUUGGUCUUCGAUUUUUGACAAUACCACUAAAAGACUGCUGCUUUUCACUAGUGGGCAUUUGAUGCGACGAUUCCCAUCCAUAUCACAUGCAGCUACAAAAACGCUCACAAACACCGCCAGAUAAGCAAGCUUAUUAACGACUGAAUUGUGAUUCUUUUAGAACAUUUACCAUUUACAUGAUUUCUAAUGUGAUGUUACUGUAUAUUAAGCAUAUAAUAAAAGGCAUAUUAUAUUAAUAUAUUGUGUAGGGAUUUUAAUAAUUUAUUAACGGGUCUAUUGAACGUUAGGAGUAGCAUGGAACGGCAGCAAUGACUAGGAAUUACUGUAAUUAAAAUGUAUAGUGGUAGGAGGACGUUUAGGAACAUGUGUAAGGUAACGUUAAAUAAUCAAUAAAACAAACAUAUUAGAA